AUGGACGCUAUAGACUUCAACACUUUUAAUGAAUCGUCAUUACCCCUCGACAUAGCCACUACAACGACGGAAAAUAACAAUAACAAGAUUGAAUCUCAAUCGCCAGCAUUAAUGCAUCAUCAAACAAAACUAGAUAUAUUCAUCAUUAGAGGAUUCAACCUAUUAGCCAAUGGUGCCAUCAUAAACACAAAUACUUUGCAAAGCGUGAAUAAUUCUCCGCAAACAACAACCGCAACACCGUCUGUAUCCAGUAGCACCACCAUCAAUAAUAACAACAACAACAACAACAAUAAUAAUGCUCCCACACCAUUGAAUGAAUCAGACCCAUCAAAGCCACAGGAUGAAAAAGCUGCCCUCGCAACAUCGAAGGAAAAUGAAGGGAGCCCGUCUGCCAUGAAGACAAUUCAAUCUCCAUCUCAAUAUUCACAAAUUUUUAUCACUUUAUCAAAAGUCUAUACUGCAGUAUUAGCAACGGGAUCCAUAGAUGAUAAAUCAACGUCUCCGAAAUCCGCCAUCGAGUUAUAUCAAAGGUUUCAACAGAUAAUGAAGGAAUUAGAAUUAAGUUACGAGGUGAGCCCCUAUAGUAAAUAUUUCAUUCGCGUUAACGAGGGCAUGUGGCAAAUUAAACCUGACUCUGAAUUAAGUGAUGAUAAUUUAUGGCAGUUGGUUUCAAUGAGUAUAUUUGCCGUGUACCAACCACAGACGGGGACGGUAAUGAAUCCAAAUCCAAAUUUAAACCAAAAUCGUAUUAAUAAAAACACCGUCUCAUCAAACUCAUCUCCUAAUGAUCCCUUGAAUACUAGAAGCACAUCCAUUGAGAAAAAUGGAACACCGCCAAAUAAACCAAAGAGAGCACCAGUGGCAAGAGGUAAGAGGAAAACUACAAAAGUCACUAAGAGAUUAACGAAAAAGAAGCAACAAGCAGCUGCAGCCAAUGCCGCCGCCGCUGCAGCAACAGCAGGAAAUCUUACCAUUGAUAAUUCUUCAUUACCACAACAAUUACAAAAAAGAUUAGAGAAUAUAUCACAGGAUAUAAAUUCACGGUCGUUGAAUGGUUAUUAUACACAACCAACAAGUCCCGGGGCCUCAGCAUUUGAAUUCGGCUUGAUGGAUAGUGACAUAUAUCCUGUGUUUAACUCUACAACAACGUUACCCACAACAACGUCUACCUCAUGGAAGAGACGAUCUUUGGGUUCAUUGGAUGUUAAUACCUUAGAUGAUGAUGCUGUAGAGGAAUUAUUACAACUACCGAAUUCUAAUAAGAGAUCAAAGACAAACCCAACGGCAAAUGGUUCCGAUGUGGUGAAUAAUCAGUCCUUGAAUAAUAAUAAUAAUAAUAAUACUAAUAAUAAUAACAACAUGAACAACAACAACAACAAUAACAGCAGCAGUAAUGGUGCCACCAAUACUUUAGGAAUGAACACUAAUGAGAACCUUGUUUCCAAUAUUAAUGUUAACUCUUCUAUGACGUCUUCCAAUAAUGAUAUAAAUUUUCUCAUGGAAACAAUGAUUAGACAGUUGAAGGGUACAUAUGGGAACGUUAUUAAUGAAAAGGAUCAACGUAUUACACAACUGGAGAGAGAACUAGAAUUACAAAGACAAGAAACUCAAUGGUUAAGAAAGAUGUUGAUUGAAGAUAUGGGAUGUGUGAGAAGUUUAUUGAAAGAUAUACGAAAAUAG